AAGUUGAGUGGCUGGUCGAGUGACCGUUACAAGGGUUCUAGGGACGCUUCCUGAAUAUAUCAUCUGUAACCGAGAGUGACGAGAUGGUAUUUACGGAUAUUAAUUAACCGUCGUCCUCCGGAACGUGGCGACAAAAUUCGUCCAGACGGACGCCGAUGCCAAAAUACGAGACACGCGUUUCGUCUGUCUCUGACAUGGUUGUGACUAACCCAAGCGUGGAAGGCAUUCCGACUUGAAGCGGCGUCGCUUUUUCUGCCCUUUCAUUAACGCGGGGUGAGAAAAAAGGAGCCGCGGCCGCAGGCCAAGAAUAUUAUCUACGGAUAACUUGACUCGAGAUACAAACACUCAUCAACAUGGAAGGAUCCACGGAACCGAUCGCCGUGCGUAUUGCACGCAUGAACAACAUGAUUCUGGGGAAAAUGCCCAGUCAACAGACUCUUUCAUCUAAUACCGGGAAAUUGUUGGUCAGAGAAGGACUUUUGGACGCUUUUACCGUUCUCUACGAUGAAUGUAACAACGAAACCAUGCGAAGGGAUAAAAAUAUUGCAAAAUUUCUAGACAAAUAUCGAGAUGUGAUGGCUGAUGCGCGAAAACUUAGAGUAAGCCUGGCAGACUUUGAGGUAAAAAAGCUGAUCGGUCGCGGACAUUUCGGAGAGGUACAAUUAGUAAGAGAACGGCAGACAGGCGACGUUUAUGCGAUGAAAACUCUCAAGAAGUGUGAAACAUUGAAACAAGAAGCGGUAGUACUGUACGAGGAAGAGAGAGACAUAAUGGCAGAGGCAACUUCGCCGUGGCUAACUAAACUCCAAUACGCAUUUCAAGACAACACAACAUUAUACCUUGUUAUGGAGUUUCAUCCAGGCGGAGAUUUGGCUGCCUUGCUGGAUCGUCACGACGGUUUCCUCGGUGAGGAUCUGGCGAGGUUUUAUCUAGCCGAAUUGACCCUGGCGAUACACGCUUUGCACUCGAUGAACUACGCUCACAGAGACAUUAAGCCAGACAAUGUGCUGCUGGACAGACUGGGCCAUGUGAAGUUGGCAGACUUUGGCUCUGCUGCAAAACUUGGCCCCCAAGGCCUGAUAACCAGCCACAUGCCAGUCGGCACACCUGAGUACAUUGCGCCGGAAGUUUUGCGCUCCAUGGAGGGGACAUCAAAGAAUAAGCGGCCUUCUACUUACAGCAAGGAGUGCGAUUACUGGUCUCUGGGCAUUGUCGCGUACGAAAUGGUUUAUGGCAAGACCCCGUUCGCAGGGGAUCAGCUGUUGGUGACUUAUUGCAACAUAAUGAAUCACAAGAAGAAUUUAAAUUUCCCUGAACGGAGUUCGACAACAUUUCGCAAUUGCAUUCGAGGCUUGUUAGAAGAUGCAAAUGCGCGUAUGUCGCAUGAGCAAAUUAUGCAGCAUCCGUUUUUUUCGAGCAUUGACUGGAGCAACUUGAGAGUUAAAGUUCCGCCGAUAGUUCCUCUUGUAAACGGUAUCGAUGACACAUCGAAUUUCAUUGCUGUUGAUUCUGAAGCUGCCCAGAGUUCAAAUUCUGAUUUUUGCCCCACGAUUAAAGGAUUUACAGGAAAAAAUUUACCCUUUGUCGGUUUUACUUACACCAAGCAAUGUUCAAGUCAGACGAAACGUUCGUCGAAAGAGAAGUUAGAACUGGAAACUCAGUUGGAUCACAAAAAGAAAGAGUUACACGAUUAUCAAAAGAAGUUGCUCACAGUUGAAGACAAGGCUAGCGCCAAUUCAAAACUUUGUUCUAGUUUAGAGUUUCAGCUUGAUGAAAAAUCCCGCCGGCUAGAGGCUUCCAACAAAGAAAGAGACAAACUGGAACGCGAACUGUCUAAAGCACGGUCGGAUAUGGCUGGAAUGAAGAGAACUUUGGAUUUAGAGCGCCAAGAAAGGCGUGAUUUAGAGACAAGAGCACUGGAUUUGAUAAAAGGCGCAAAACGGAAGUGGGAAGCUGCCGAAAAAGACAAAGUGGAGCAACUGAAUAAACAUAUAGAAACACAGACAUUGAGAAUCACCGAAUUGUGCACAUGUAACAACGAGUUGACUUCGCGACUGCAAAGAGCAGAGUGCGAAUUAGACACUGCUAAUGCUGAGCUGGAAAAAUUGCGAGCGUUUCAGGUGCAGUACAAAGAAUCUUUGGCAAAAACGAGGGAGCUGAGUCGUCAAAGCGUGGCAGGGGUUGAAACUAAACUAGAAGAAAUGGCGUCUCGUGCUCACAACCAAUUGGCUGACAUAAGAGCAAAACUGGAACUGGAAACUGCUAAAAAUGCUGAGUUAGAAAACCAGCUGAGACAUGAACAAGAUUCGAACCAUUGUCGCCAGUCAAGGCUUAACGUUGCUUUAGAAUUAUGCCAGAGUGAACUGAAAGAUUGUCAAGAGCAACUGCGAAGUGUUCAAGCUAGUAUACCGGCAAGAGACGCAGAAAUUGAAGCUCUGAGAAACCAGCUUAAAGAAAGAACCAAACAACUGGAUGGCGUCGCUGCCAACGAUCAGAGAGCUGCAACUUUGCAAGAGCAGCUUGAUCGGUUGAAAUUGGAUAACGAACAAUUGAAGCAACAACUUGAGAUUGCAAAAUCGGAUUUAAGCGAUACUGUGGUGAAUUUGGAACAGAGCGAAUCACUGGCAAUGGAUUUGGAACGUGUUUCACAAGACAAGGCUGCGUUGCAGCGAAGACUUCAAGACACUCUUGAGAAAGAAGAGGAAUACCUGCGAAAAGUAGGGAAUCUCGAAGAGAUUUUGCGCCGUUUUGAGCACAGCGUGACAAAGCUAGAAGCUGAGAAUGUCAGUCUCAGGCAAUCCGACUACCAGAAAUCGGGAACGAGUGGAAUUUCGGUCAAAGAAGCGAUGCAAAAAAUUUCCUUUUUGGAACAGCAGCUGCAACGGGUUGAACAGCAAUUACAAACGGCAAGAGAAAACGCAGCUGCUGAACGCCAAGCGGCGAAACAAGCUCAAUCAAAUCUCUGGAAAAAGGAGAAAGAAUUAUCCGAUGCAAACUUGGACAAACGAAUCGCCUCUCGAGAAGCGAAAACGGCAGAAGAAAAAGUCAAAGUCUUGACUGACGAGAAGCAAAAGAUUGCUAACAAAUUGAAUUCUAGAAUCGCGGAUGAGGAAGCGAGAUGCAAAAAGCUUUUGAAAGAGCUUGAAAGCGCCAAACAGUCACUCGAAGAAGCCACCAAAGAAUCUUCCAGAAAUAAACUACAAGCAGACUCAGCACAGCGGGCCUUGACGCAAGCUAACAAGCAAAUAGAAGAGCUGCAAAAUUCGAGCUCAUCGCUGCGCCGAGAGCUUGACGCGACGCGUAAGCAAAUGAGAGGAAAUCAAGAUCGUGUGGACACUCUGAACAGCGAAAAUAAGCGGCUCACACUCAGCUUGACAAAACUUAACGAAGAGAAAGCGCAGCUGGAGUCCGAAUUAGAAAAACUGGAGCACGAGGCGAACAGCUAUCAAGUGAACAUAGAUCUUCUGAAGGAAACAUGUACAGUGCUGGAGGAACAGUUGACAGAUUACGAAAGGUUAACCAGCGACCAUGAGACACGCGAGAACAUAUUGAUACAGGAUAAAAUGAAGCUACAGAAGGAUCUGGAAAGCGCCGAAUUGAAGGUGCGCGAAGCCCACGCGGCGCAAGACAGGGAAAAGACGCUCAGAGUUGUCGCGGAGCGCGCGGUCGAGAGAUUGGAGUCCGAAACGAGUGACAUCGAGGACGAGAGAAACGGAUUGGCCGCGCAGCGGGAUCAGUACAAAAAGCUCGCGCAGGACCUGAGUAACCAGGUCGCGGACUUGGUGAGCAAAUGCGGAGAGCUGGAAUGCGAGCUGUCCAAAACAAAACGGGCGCUUGAACUGAGCAAGGGAGAGGCGAUGAAGGUCAAGGAAGAGAGCACGGAGCACUUGACCCGGCUGCAUCAGCUGAAGGAUGCAAAUUUCGGGUUGAUGACCGAUCUUCAGGAGAGCGUCGACCAAGGCCAAGAACUGAGGUCCAGAAUCACGGAGCUAGAAGGCGUGCUCGAAGAGAUGAGGCAGUUCUACCAGGAAAGAGAGGUGAAAGCGGAAGCAACCAGACAGCAGCAGACGAAGCUGAUCGACUACCUGCAGCUGAAGCUGGAGGAGUCCAACAAGAAGAAGAAGACCGUAUGCGACAAGAUUUUUGGCUCGAAACAGAAGGAAAACAUGCCACCCAGCGGAACCGGAAUGCCCGUCGGCUAUCGUGAGCUGGAAAAUCAGCUCGCCAGAGAAAGGGCCAAGGUCAAAACCCUAACUGAUCAGUUGCUCGCUCUGAGAGCUGCGCAAGCUUCGGCACCCUUGCCGGCCAGUCCACCCUCCCCGGAGACUAAAAAGGCGCUUCAACAACUCGCCGAAUCGCCCGGUGACACGUUGGCCAGGAAGCCAUCCCUGCAGAGGAUGAGACACAACAUUCCGCACAGAUUUGACGUGAAGUUAUCAAUGCGCACUGGAAAGUGCGCCGCGUGCUUCGACUCCAUUCAGUUCGGAAAGAACGCUGCCAUCUGCAACGAGUGCCAAAUUAUGGCCCACCCAAAAUGUUCCCUGCUGGUUCCUGCCACCUGCGGUCUUCCCGGUGGAUUUGCAAGGCACUUUAGCCAGACCUGGAAGGCCAGUGAAGAGAGCCUUUCCAGUAUCGGUGACAGUGUUCAAACUCUCGCGCUCGAUCAGCCGGACAACGCUGAUCCGGUGGCAGAAAAUAACGGAAGUGUCUCAAUGGAGGGCUGGGUCAAAGUACCUGGCCGUGCCAAAGCUUCCUGGGACAGAAAAUACCUCAGACUAGAAGGAACGAGUUUGUGCACUUACGAGCACGAGCCGAGUUCCAGAAUGAUGCCCAUAAGUCGAUUAGAAUUAAGCGAAAAAGAGGGUGUGGCAAUAUCAGAAUCGGUAAGCCAGGCAGAGGUUUCAGGCACUGCUAGGUCUGAUCUGCCAUUCAUACUCCGAGUAGAGGCUGGACCUUCGACGACCUGUUGGCCAUCGUCAGGGUUGGACAUCAUGGCUUUAAGUCAGGCUGAUAAAAAAGCCUGGCUCAAUGCGUUGCGAACUGUAGCAAGUCAAAACACAGCCAACACAGCAGCACCCAAUCAUCGAUAUCAGACCAUUCUGAAACUAGACAAACACCAACUCGAUCUAAAUUGCAUGAUAGAGUUGGGCCAGGAGGGCGUCCUCCUAUUGGGAGCUGAAGAGGGUCUUUUUUCAUACCGUAAAUCGCAAUCAAAUUUAACAAGAAUUCAGGGCGUUGUGAGGGUCCACCAAUUAUCCUUGCACCCUCAUCUGGGACUGGCGAUAAUGAUAGCUGGUGAAGAAAGACAACUCGUUGCUUGUGAUCUCAGGCAAUUGAAGAGCAAUGCUUUGGCAGCAGAAUGCUCGAGACCAGCGAUUAGGAUUACACCAAUUCUUACCACCUGCGAAAGUUGCCAUUUGUAUCAGUUACAAGGGAACUUAGUUUGCGCUGCAACCGCCUCGAAUGUUACAUUACUCAAAUGGACUACCCAAGAAGAUGGAGGGGAGUUUAUUACUGUUCGAGAAUUGGCUACGACAGAGCCGUGUAGCUGUGCUCUCUUUACGCGAAACCUUUUGAUUGUUGGGUGUAACAAAUUCUUCCAAAUUGAUCUUGACGAUUACAAUAUCGAAGAAUUCCCCGAUCAAGACGACAGCUUGGUACGGGCUGCCUUACAAGGAGCAGCGAAACUCGGUAGUUAUCCGGUCGCUGUUCUAAACGUCUCGUGCAGCUCGCAGUCCGUUGAACUCCUUUUGUGUUACAACGAGUUCGGCGUUUUCGUAGAUGAAGUUGGACGAAAAACCCGUACUUAUGAUCCGACGUGGAGUCACUUACCGUUUGGUUUUGCAUACAGAAGGCCUUACUUAUUCAUUGUGCACUUCUCCUCUGUGGAGGUAAUCAAACUCACGGCAGAGUCGUAUAAGUCGGCUACCAGACCAUCUGAUCGAUCCUUGCUAGAGUUCAAUAAUCCGCGAUAUCUCGGCUCGGCGGGAAGCCGAGGCAUUUACAUCGCCUCGAUGAAUUCUGCGUUAGAUAUUUUGAAAAUAGAGGGAGCAACAGCUUUGCCGAAACGGAAUGAUAGUCUCACCAGCCUGGACACGCUCCAUCAAGACGAGGAGAGCAGUUCGGACUUCAGUUUCACUUCUAGUCUAAUGGAAGCGCUCGACGGUCAGGGUAAAAGAGUGCAUUUCACCCACCAAUCGAAUCACCAGUUUUGAUUAGCAGCCUCAAAUACCGAGCUUCAACUUAAUUAUUAUAAAUAUCAAUUAUGCGUAAUAGUUUUAGUCGCUUCGAAUUGCCGAUGUUUUAGCGUCAGAUGAAACGGUAAUCGAAAAUAGCGACGAAUCGUUUUGUGCC